AUGAUCUUACAAGGAGCACUCCUAAAAAAGGCAAUAGCCAUGGGAGCUAUUGCACUAGCCUAUCUGCAAGGCGCUAAGUGUAUACCAGAAGACAAGGAAGUGGUUUUAGGAAAUUUGUACAAGUAUUGGUGCAACAAGACAUCUUCCAUAGAAAAACAGGUUGAAAUCUGUAGUAAUUUUAUUAGCAAAGCUGAGUCUAAGUCUAAAAAAAUGUCACUUGACAGUAAUAGCUAUAUAGAGGCAGCGAAGAACAGCAUGGCAGAAAUAGAAAACAGUUUUCCUUCUUUCAAAAAAAACUGGAAAGAGUUGGAAAAGCUGCUGAACCUACUGGCAGAGGUAAAUGACUAUAUUAAACAAAGACAAGAAAAUUCUAACGAUAAAAAAGAAACUAGCUUCACAGACUUAAUGGAAGCUGUUCCUGAUGAUACGAUGGAAAUUUCCUCUGAUGAUAGAGAAGACACUACUCCUUAUGGUAGAUUAAGCGUUGUUUUUAAAAUAAACAGGAUAAAAACUAAUGAACUGGAAAGAAUACUGCCAGAGAUGCUUAAAAGUAGCACUUUGAUAGUUGAAAAAAUAUGCGAAUUCAAUUCAUACAUGCUCGACUUUAUAGAAAAGUAUGAUGAAAAGAAAGGCAGCAGCAGCAAAAUAGAAGAUCUUAUGCUAUUUAAGCUAGCAAGAAGAAACAAGAUGUUCCCUGCCAGCAUAAUAUUCACUUUCUUUGAAAUGGAGCAGCCAGAAUCUACUUUUGAUGACGAAAUAGACAGAGAACAAUUCGACUCCACACGUGAUUCUUUAAAUAGCUAUGCAGAUGAUGGUGAUAUCAUGCUUUAUACAAUUAAUGUAAUAAAUAGUAUACAGCAAAAAAAAAUGCACCAAUUAGCAGCUGCCGAUAAACAUUUUCAAAGUAUGUUCGGUAAAUAUGGGCUUAUUGAUAAUGAAGAUAAAAAAGUGUUAAAAAUAUAUUUUAAUCUAUCAGGAAGCAUUCUUUCUGAUAAAGAAAUCGCUAAAUAUGCAUGCAUCUCACCAAGAGAAGUUAUAAAAACGAUAUUAAUCGAACAUCUAAUGGAUGGAUCUCUUAUAAACUACAAGAAAAACAUUUUGUUUGCCAAUUUGGAAAAAAUAAUAUUGAAUAAUGCACCAUGGAAGGACGAAAUGAUUAAUUCUCUGAGAAUGCUAUGGGAUGACUGGCAUUGCGAUUUAAGAAAAGAAAAGCUGUGUCCUAGAACAUUCUGUAAAUGGAGUAAAAUUCAUCCUUUUUUCUUUGAAAAAGUAAAAAGUAGUAUUAUGUAUUCCAGAUGGGUGUAUGUACUAGGUAAACAUAGCUCAAGUAUACCAGCUUCGUCUUCAAGAGAGGAACUAGCAAAAGAAUUGCACUUUGACAUGUCUUAUCUACACCCUAUGUGGUACAUGUGCAAGCAAUACGAGAGAGUUGCCCACUUAGAUAAGCCAGAUCUUGAACUCGGUGAUGCAACAUUCAUGGGCAGAAUAGGAAAUUUGAUCUUAAUUGUGCCACUCAAAAUAAGCAAAGGUGAUGACAAUUUCAUACGCGCAAUGAAUAUGAAAAGCUUCAUGAACACAACUUUUUCAUCAGCGCCAAUUAAACCUACAUUUGAAAUUAUUUGCGAUCCCAACGAACAGAAUACGCUUUCUAAAGCAGACAAAAUGGUUGAAAGCGUUCUUCAAUGUUUUCAACUUGGUUUUUAA